CACAAAGUGUUUGCAGAUUUUAUAGUCGAGAGAAAAAAUGGAGAAAAUGCUCGUUGUUUUUCUCAUAUCGUGCAUGCUUCAUUUAGCUUCCGCUCAACUAAAAGUAGGGUUUUACAAUUCUACUUGUCCGCGGGCUGAGUCUAUAGUUCGAGGAAUUGUGCAACAACGGUUUAACAGGGAUCGUUCCAUUACUGCUGCAUUGCUAAGAAUGCAUUUUCACGAUUGCUUUGUUAGAGGCUGUGAUGCAUCAAUACUAAUAGACUCCACGCGGUCCAAGUCCUCAGAAAAGGACGCCGGACCAAACCUUACAGUCCGAGGCUACGACCUGAUCGACGCUGCCAAGAAAGCCCUGGAGGCCGCCUGUCCCUCCAUCGUCUCAUGUGCAGACAUAAUCACAUUAGCCACCCGUGACGCGGUGGCUCUAGCCGGCGGCCCCAAGUACGCCGCGCCCACAGGCCGCCGCGACGGCCUAGUUUCCGAUAUAGCCGACGUAAAUCUUCCAGGGCCAUCACUCACAGUGCCCGAAGCAUUCUCAUUUUUCAAGGCCAAAGGACUAACCUUAAACGACAUGGUCACACUUCUUGGUGCACACACAGUUGGCGUAGCCCAUUGCGGCUUUUUCCAGGACAGGCUCUCGAAUUUCCAGGGCACAGGACAGCCUGACCCGACCAUGGACCCUGGAUUGGCAGCCAGGCUACUGAGGACCUGCGGGACGGCAUCAAGGCCGGUGAAUAGAGAUCCCACGGUUUUCUUAGACCAGGGCACAUCAUUUGUCGUUGAUAAUCAGUUCUAUAAUCAAACAAGAUUCAAGAAGGGGAUCUUGCAGAUUGAUCAGGAGCUGGCGCUGGAUAAGUCCACUGCAUCUAUAGUUUCGAUUUUUGCUUCAAAUGGGAUUGCAUUUCAGCAGAGUUUCGCCAGCGCGAUGAUCAAGCUGAGUAAGGUUGAAGUUCUUGUCGGAAAAGCUGGAGAGAUUAGGAAGAAUUGUAGGGUGUUUAAUCCUCGGAAGCCAACAGUACUUCGUCCAGGACUUUGAGAUUGAUUAAUUAAAUUAGUUUCAGUUGCGUGAAUUAGCUUUUGAUCAGUUUCUGACAAUUAUUUUGUGCUUUCAUAUGUAUACAGUGUGCAAGUUUCAUGAGUUGUCUUGUUCUACGCGGAAUUGUUUGACUUGA